CUAUUGUAUUGUAGGUUUUAAACAGGAGUGUCACUGAAGAGAGGGAUUUUGUGGCGAUGGCAGAGGGAGCGAGCAAGAAGAUGAUGGCGGCCUUGCAGUACUCCAAGUACGGCGAAGGCGCCGCUGGUCUCAAGCAUGUGGAGAUCCCAGUCCCGACGCCCAAGAAGGACGAAAUUCUGGUCAAGAUCGAAGCUGCAGCGAUUAAUCCCGUGGAUUGGAAGCUCCAGAAGGGAAUGCUCAAGGUCAUCUAUUCUAUCAAAUUUCCAUACAUACCUUGCACUGAUGUGAGUGGAGAAGUUGUGAGCGUUGGUCCCGGCGUCACUGGAUUCUCACAGGGAGACAAAGUUAUCUCUUGGCUUGAUCUUAAGCGCGGUGGAGGAUUUGCACAGUAUGCUGUAGCUGGAAUAAAAUACACGGCCAAGAGGCCAUCAGGAGUUUCGGCUGUUGAGGCUGCGGGUUUGCCAGUGGCUGGACUCACUGCGUAUCAAAGCCUUCGAGACUCCGGUGGAUUGAAGUAUGAUGGAUCUUACAAAGGAAACGUUCUCAUCACUGCUGCCUCUGGUGGUGUGGGUACUUACGCUGUUCAACUAGCGAAGCUUGCCGGCGCUCACGUCACUGCAACCUGCGGUACUCGAAACAUCGAUCUCGUCAGGAGCUUGGGAGCGGACGAAGUUUUGGAUUACAAGACACCGGAGGGUGCUGCGUUGAAGAGUCCAUCGGGGAAGAAAUACGACGUUGUUCUUCAGUGCGCAACUACAAUGCCAUGGUCCACUUUCCAGCCCGUGCUUUCUUCCAAAGGCAAAGUCAUCGAUCUAACCCCAACCUUCGGAGUGAUGCUCACCAGCGCCUUCAAGUUCCUGACAAUGUCCAAGCAAAAGAUGGCCAUCUUCGUGAUGUCAGCAAACGCGAAAGAUCUGGGAGAGCUGGCCGAGCUCGUGAACGAGAAGAAGGUGAAGUCGUUGAUCGACUCGGAGUUCCCGCUGGACAAGGCCGAGGAUGCUUGGGCGAAGAGCAUCGAAAGCCAUGCCACUGGAAAGAUCGUUGUGACAAACAAGGACGAAGCUGCAAGCUACUGACCGGAUCUUCAUAGCGGUUUGUUUGACGGAUCAGUAGUCCAUCUACUUGGGGAGGUAUGUGAAUAGUCAAGAAAGUUUGUAUGUCAGGUACUCGGCUUUUGUUUUUCAACGCGUUAUUUUGUUUUAUA